AUGUCUCGCCCGGAGAACCCCACGGCGCUUUCAGGCUUAGACGUGGCCGAGAGCAUUCAUCUUGAAGACCGAGAGCUUUUCGAGUCCACAAAGUAUUGGCUUUUCACACUGUUCCGAAUUGUCUAUGAUGCGGAAGCGCUUGAGCCCAUGGAAGUCCCCGAGGUCUCAAAGCAUUUCAUAUGGCUCAUGAUCGACUUAUCCGUAAAAAUGACGUUCCUCCAUGUGAAAAAGUUGCUGGAUUUGAUGCGCUUGGAAGCAGCAAAAUUGGCCCUGAGACCUAGGGUUCCAGUUGAGAUUGUGGAUCUGAUUCUCCAACAAAUUCCGGAAAGUCCACUUGUCACGGAAAUUCCGAAUAUCAUGCGCUGCAAAACAGAUCUCGCUUUGGAAAUUGCGAAAUUAGACCUUCAACGAUAA